CCGAAAGACGCCCCACCCCCUCCCGCCUGCCUGAAAUGGCAACGCCCAUCCGUGACGUCAGCGCUGUCGUGGGCUUUGAAAAAGCAGUCGCCCUUAUAGGUAGUGCCAUUGAAGUGAGUCAUCUCCAGGAAGAGGUGUGCGCUAAAUUGAAACAAAAACUCCACCGUGUUCCGUGAACGCAAACCGCUCGCGCGUAUUAGGCAAGAACGUGGAAAAUACUGCGAAGGUAAAAAAAAAAAAAAAAAAAAAAAAGUAGUCAUCCUGCGUGGAUUUCAACUUAAGCGUCAAGUUUCCGGCACCUUCCUCCUCUUCAAUAAGAUCAUUUUUAAAGCUUUUUUUUUUACUAUUUCUCCGGAGCAAACGGUCGAAUUCAAGGAUUUUAUUAUUUAUUUUUUUUUAAAACAUCCCGUCGCUGCCUUUUCAUACAAGCAGCGAGGAUUUCCUUACCUAAAGUCCUAGCGAUAUUUCCUCCUUUCCUGGAUCAUGUACCAGGACUACUGCGGGAAUUACGACACCUCGUCCCGCGGCAGCAGCACCUCUCCGGCCCAGCCCGAGUCCUUCACCAGCGGCAGCAGCACCAUCGGCAGCCCCGGAUCUACCUCCGCUUACCAGAAGUACAGGGGUGACAUGCCCGGCUCCAACAGUGCCUUUAUCCCCACAAUCAAUGCAAUCACAACAAGCCAAGACCUGCAGUGGAUGGUACAGCCUACAGUCAUCACCUCCAUGUCCAACCCGUACUCUCGCUCCCACCCGUACAGCCAUCACCUGACUAACGGUCAGGGGCUGCUGGGACACAACCCUAUGGCCCGUCCCGGGGUCAUCCGCUCUAUCGGGGACGCCAGGGGCCGACGCAAAAGGGAUGAACAGCUCAGCCCAGAGGAAGAAGAGAAAAGAAGGGUGAGGCGUGAGAGGAACAAGUUGGCCGCCGCCAAGUGUCGCAACCGAAGGCGCGAGCUAACUGAGCUGUUGCAAGGGGAGACUGAGAAACUGGAAGAGGAGAAAGCAGACUUGCAGAAAGAGAUCGAAUGCCUCCAGAAGGAGAAAGACAAGCUGGAGUUCAUGCUGGUGGCCCACAAUCCCGUGUGCAAGCUGCCCACUGAGGACCGCCAUCAACCUCCAGCACACCAGCAGCAGUGCGGGUCCCUGCCCCUAACCAUGCGCCCCAACAUGGCUCCCAGGGCACACAUGAAUCACGUGGUGGUGAAGCAGGAACCGGACGACAUGGAAGCCGAGGUCGGUAAGCCCCAGCAUUCCGUCAUCAAGCCCAUCUGCCUGGGCGGGGGUUGCAUCAGUGGCGGGAUGUACUGCGCCGACGGAGACAGCCUCAACACGCCGGUGGUGGCCGCGUCAACACCGGCCGCCAUGCCCAACGCCCCGAACCUGAUCUUCACCUACCCCAGCAUGCUGGAGCCCGACAGCCCCUCGCCCUCCUCCGAGUCCUGCUCCAAAGCUCACCGGCGCAGCAGCAGCAGCGGCGACCAGUCGUCAGACUCCCUCAACUCGCCCACACUCCUCGCCCUGUGAGGCGCCGCCAAGAAAAACACUGUGGUUGAUCCCCGCCCAAAGCACAUUCGGAGAGUCCACACUGAGCUGACCAAGUGAGCCCCCACCACCCCUUUUGGAGCAGGGAGACCCCCUCAAAGGGCUACGUUGUGUGUUUCUUCUCGUCCUGCUUUUCAGUCAGACUCGUACAAAGUGUGUGCAGCAAUCCUUUAACGAAAAAAACCCAAAUGUGUCGCGCUUAUCUCUUACUGUGUCAAAUUGUUUACUCAAGUCCCUUCAAAACUGCCCAUUGUGAACUCAGAUCUUUUACAAAACAAUACGUUUUUAUCAUAUAUAUAUAUAUUUGAAGAAUGACUUAAAAGCCAUGAGGCCACUUGCACUCUGCCAAGACCAAUCAACACACCAAGCAUUUGACAGGACAAGACAUUUUAUGGCCUGCAUGUUUUAUUGUUUUUGUUUUUUUAGAUCUUCUCCCUCAUUUGCCUGUAGAAAUGCACCACAGAGUUCAACUACCUUUCCCCCCUAAUCUUCACAACCUGCGUGUGUGAUUUACAUCAAUUUCAGGGAGGAACGCCAGCUGUGUGACAGUCUUACUGUAAAAUACGACAUCCACAAAUGUCCCACCUUGCUUACCAUCAAGGCCGGCCCAUGGCUUAAACACUUUGCGGUUGUUCAGGGAUCAAUAAGACUCAAGUGAGUUUAUAUUUUUAAGAACUAAACUGAUUUGGAGCCUUGAUGGCUUCAGUUGGAUCAGAAUCAAACCCUUGUAAUAAAAAAGACCCAAAUGGGGCCUCAAAAACCAAAAAGGUUUGUAUGACACUUAUAAUCCUUUUACUUAGUCUGUCUUUUUUGUCUUUUGAGGGGGAAAAGAGGGAUGUUACUCUUAAAAUGAGAGCAUUAAAACCCCACUGUGGUCCAGCGAAGCUGUCACUAGCUGCCAAUGAUGUCACGCUUGUUUAUACCGUGUUUGUAAAGCAGUUGUUUUUAGCAAAAAUAGGAGAUGAAAUAAAAGGUACUUGGUGUUGACACCAGCGGGUUCCCAAAUGGCUUGAAAUAGUAGAAUACAAUAAAACAAUGUUUUGCAGUACAGAAGGAGAUAAGACAGCUGGCCUGGAAUGAACUGUAAUGAGGACUAAAUAAGUAAAAAAAAAAAAUUACUAAAAAGGGACAACGUUUUUCGUGCAAAAAGACAUUCCUCGUAAUGAGUCACAAGUUAAAUUAUCAUGCGCUGGAUGCAGAUUUAUGUUUUUAUUAUUACAAUCUGCUGCUAUGUGAGCAACAUGUUUUUCUUAGGCAAUAUUUUUUUUUAUGCAAGAAAAACAAUCUCAGCUUCUGUAUGAAAAAAGGAAAGGAUAACCACAGAAAAAGUCUGACGUGUUUGUAUGUUGACAUUCUGGGCAGCCCCUCCACACACAUAGGAAAGCCAUCGACAUAGAUCUUCUACUGUAUAUGUCAUCUACUGUCUAUUGCCUGUUUGCUAUUACCUAUUUUGCAAAUGCUUUAACUGUUCGAUAUGAAUCAAAAUUAACAACGAAAAACAGCAAUAUGUAUAUAGCAGUGUUUAAUUUAAAUAAAUCGUAAUAAAAAAUGAUUUUCACAUACAA